AUGAAUUCUCAACUCAAGUCUCAUUUUGCGCCCCGCCAUAUUCAGAAUUUGAGCGAUGCAACCACCAUAGAACCUCACUGGGGCUACGUGGAUCGAGCUCUCCCAUGUACCAACGACGCCGGGUCCUGCGCCUACCUUGAUGUUGUCUACAGGUCCCACGAUCUUGGCAUGCUAUACGUUGGUAUUAUGUGGGCAGUUGUCGGCAGCAUCUUGUUAAUAUGGGCCAUUGGCCGACGAGCACUGCCAUCCGUGUCUGAGGAGGAUGUCCUUCGCGCUGCUCUUCUCGAGGAUAGACGUGCGAGCAAGAGCUUUCUCAAUCGCCUCCGUCAAACUGCCUCAUCCGCGAUGAACCGAUAUUUCCUUCCCGACUGCAUCCGUCCCGUCUUCGGUAGGACGACCCGCCUUCAGGUGUUGAUCUUGGCCAUAUUAUCUGGCUAUCUCUUGAUCUUCUCCUUUGUCGGUAUUGUCUACAACACCUGGAUCACCCCCGUUAAGAAGAUGCCAGGCGUCUACAACACGAGAGUUAGUCUCGGUCCCUGGUCUGACCGUAUCGGAACACUUGCCUACGCACUCACGCCCCUGUCAGUCCUCUUCUCCACCCGAGAGUCGAUUCUCUCUCUUCUCACCGGCGUUCCCUACCAAAGCUUCAACUUUCUUCACCGCUGGGUUGGUUACAUCAUCGUCGUUCAGUCCAGUCUGCACACAAUUGGCUGGCUGGUGAUCGAGGUCCGCUUAUACCAACCCCAGCCCACCGUGGCCAACGAAUGGAUAUCCCAGCUCUACAUGAUUUGGGGCUGUAUCGCCUUGUUCCUCCUCAUGGCCCUCUAUGUUCUCAGCUUGCCCCCGGUCAUCCGUCUGACUGGCUACGAGUUCUUCCGCAAGUCGCACUACGUGCUUGCAAUGUUGUACAUUGGCGCUUGCAUCGGUCACUGGAAGAAUCUGGAGUGUUUCAUGGUUCCUGCUAUCGUUAUCUGGUUCUUGGAUCGCAUCUCCCGUGGUGUGAGGACUGCAUUAAUGCAUCACAACUUCAUCGAGGGCGAGGGCAUGGGCUUCUCUGCUGCACAAGCAGCUAUGACAGUAUUCCCUGAUUCCGAGAAUGGUGACGUUGUACGACUCGAUUUCACUCACCCCAACGAUGCCUGGAAGAUUGGCCAGCACUUCUACCUGUGCUUCAGCGAGAGCAGUAUCUGGCAAUCUCACCCCUUUACUCCCCUCAACGCCCCUGUUACUCUGAACGGGAGAACGAAACAUUCCUACAUUUUCCGCGCAAAAGGUGGCGAAACGAAGAAGGUUGCUCAGAUUGCUGCACACAAGCUCGCUGGCAUUCCCGUUGAGAAGGGUACCGCGGCUCCAACUACACCCGUUAUCUUGACUGGACCUUAUGGCGACCCGAUCUUGAGAAAUAUUACCUCAGAUGUCAAUAUUUUGUGCGUCGCUGGUGGUACUGGUAUUACAUACGUUCUUCCCGUUUUGACGAGUCUGAAGAAGCACUCCGGGGCAUCCCGAAAGCUUGAGCUUGUCUGGGUUGUGAAGCACAGAAACGACGUGGCUUGGGUGAAACCCGAGUUGGAUGCCUUGGAAGCUGAGCAAGGCCCAAAGGUCGUAGUUCGCAUCUUUGCAACACGCGACUCCCGCAAUGCGCUAUUUGGCCCUGAACAGCCUGGAGAGCUCUCUGAGUCCGAGUCUGCGUCUGAAAGUGGCAAUUGCUCCGGGGAGAAGCAGCCACAGGUAUCAGGUCGGGUAGUAGAUCGGGUGAAUAUCAAUAACACCUGCCGCCGCCACCCCGAAUUGGCGACAGUUGUCCGAGAGUUUGUUGAUGCCACUGUCUCUGGGCGAACAGCAGUGUUUGCAAGUGGUCCUGGAGGUUUAAUGUCGGACAUGCGUGUGGCCGUAGCCGAGUGCAACUCGGUGGGCAAGGUAUGGAACGGCGAGGAGCGCCACAACGUGUCACUCAUUCAUGACGAGCGUAUGGAGCGAUGA